GACUCUAAAUACUAUUCGUAUUUGAUUUAAAGAAGCUAUCUGCGUCCAGGAAAUCCCCCAAUCUUCAUUUAGUCGGAUAUUUCUAAUACCUGUGAUGUUGAUUUCAUUAAGUUAAAAAUGAUGGAUGAAUUAGAAGAUUGGUAUAUGGAUGAAGAUGUUGAUGUUGGAGAAGAGGAUAUUGGACCUUUUCAACAUCAUUUGGAUCGAGAUAUUGAAGAAAUGGAUAUGAUUGAUUAUGAUGAUACCUUAGGAGAAAAUGCAAUAUCAGUGAAAUUGUUAACUAAUGAAAUGUUGACCUGUUCUUUACCAGUAUUAAAACAAGUUAAUUCACUUCUUAUUCUAAUACUUAUUUCAUGCUUAUUUUGGCAUAUUGUAAACAUUAUUCUCAAAAGAAGCUUUCAUUUCACUGGGAAAAUUUAUCAUACAUUUGUCACUAUAGUUCUGCAUACCCUUUCUGUUUCUCUCGGAUUAUUCAUUUUACAUCGUGCUGUUUAUGAAUUAUGGUGGAUAAUAAUUGGAUUAACAGUGAGCCUGGCUAUUGUCUUCAUCUCUGAUAUUAAUUCUCAUUUUCGUCAUUCUGAUAAACAGAGUGUAAACUGGGAAUCAUUUAUUGUCCUAGGAAUAUGUUCAUCUGUUCAACUAUACUGUGAACUAUAUGUGAACCCUGUCCAAUGGCAUCAAAUUCGAGGAAGUAUUAUGAUCAUUAUUAUGAAAUCGAUAUCUUUUUCAAUGGAACAAAAAACCUUUUAUAGUAACCAUGUCAACAGUCAACCGUGUAUACUAUUGUGGACACCAUUAUAUCGUGGAUUAGUUUGGUUAUCAUAUUGUUUGUGUCCAGCUAGUCUAUUGUUUGGUCCAUGGUUUAGUCCAUUGAAAUAUGAAGAAAUGAUUAGAAGUGAUUAUAGUAGUACAAGAUUUUCUAUAAAAAAUAUUAUCUUAUCAUUGUUGCAUUCAGUUAAAUUAUUUGGAACAUCUUUAGUGUGUUUAAUUUAUUCAACUUGUUCUACGUAUACAUUACUUUCUAAAUUAACAUUUCAACCUUGGCUGUAUGCUUAUUUCUCCUCUCAGAGUUUUCGUUUCAGUCAUUAUUUUGUAUGCAUUUCAAGUGAAUCUUUUAUGAAUGCCUUGGGAUACUGUGAUAAAUAUUCAGUUAAGUCUAAAGAAAAAUUAGAUGAUGAUAAUAAUAAAGAAAAAGAAAAAAGCACGAUUGAAGUGUACAAACCAUAUGUUGUAACACGUCCAUGGUCUAUUGAAUUUCCUCGAUCCUUAGUUGAAGUUGUAAUUCACUGGAAUUUACCGAUGCAUACUUGGUUAAAACAAUAUGUUUACAAACCAUUACGUGCAUAUGGACAUAUUUAUGCUAUCGUGGGAACGUAUGCAGCUAGCUCACUAUUACACGGUUUGAAUUUUCAAUUGAGCGCUGUUCUAUUCUCCAUUGGAAUUUAUGCAUAUAUUGAAUAUGUUUUUCGAGAGAAAUUAGCAACUAUUCUAAAUGCAUGUGUAGCCAGUCGACGGUGUCCAGAAACCUGCUCUCAUGUUAACAAGAAUUCUUCUUGGGUAUAUUGGUGGAAUUUUGCUUUCAGUUGCCUAGCCAUAUUUCAUCUGGCUUAUUUGGCUGUGAUGUUUGAUACAAGUGAACAACAGUACCAGGGUUAUAGUAUGUGGCAUGCUUUAAACAAAUGGUAUGGUUUAGGAUUUCUCAGUCAUAUUGUCGCUUUUGCAACCUUUUUGUUUUAUAAAUAUUUAUAAGGAAGGUGCUUUUUAUUCACGUACUUCUGUCCUCCAUAUUUUCGAAUUUAACUCUGUCAGUAUUGUUAUUAGUUCUUUUUAACAGUGUUAUUAAUGGUAUUCACAUCUUGAUGUAUAUUUUCCAACCUUCUUUUGUACAAUGAAACACAUUUAUUACCGGUAGUUUGGUAUUUUUGUUUCAACUGGAUCACAAAAGUUAACUGUUUUAUAUUAAGCCUUCCUUCAUCUAGGUGGUCGGUUUGUUUUCUCAAUAAGUCUUCGUACGAUAAUUUUUUGUAUCAUUCACCAUUGUACAUGGUUCUUUUCUUCUUUUUUUCUAUAUCGUCUGUGUAUACCGCUUUCUACCAUGACAUGGCAUGAGUUUCUUUUUUAUAUUUUUAAUAAAACUAUAAAUAUCGUUCACAUUUUUUUAAUUAAUAAUUGUUCCUACUGUAGUACUAGUGUAACGAAUGGUAGAAGAUAGAACAACUCGAUAUAGAGAUAUAGGCAAAAUGAUGUCUACUAUAUAGUAGAAUAUGAAUGACAAUUGGCAUAUAUCUUCGCUAUUGUGCUGCUUUCUCUUCCGCAUUGUUCUUCUUCGUCUAUCUUGAGCAUCUUUCUUAGUGCCAUAUUGUACCAAGUUUUUU